UGUUUUUUCUGGCCGUUGGAAGAUAUUUUUGAGGGAAAAAGAAAAGCUUGGGUUGCAGAGUAGUGGUGCAGGGGGGUGGCUGUUGCUGCAGAGAUUGUUGGAGGGGCAAAUCCGGGAGAGAAAAGAGAUAUGGGCAGAGAGGUUGCUUGAGGGAGGCGUCAAGAAAAUCUGAAUAGGGAGAGAGCUUUUGUUUGGGUGAUUUUGGGAGGAGUCGUCAUUUUUGAUGAGAGGAAAAAGUUUUGAGGGUAAGGAAGGAGCCAUAGUCUGGAGCGGAGAUCUUUGAGAAGGUAAGUGAACAGAAGAAGGAUAUCUUCAGCUGUUUAGAGAGAGUUCAUGAAAGCUGUUUGAAGAAAGACACAGAGGAAUAGCCUUGGAAGAGGGUGAUACAGGUGAAAAUCCUACCUAUUUUCUUUCAAUACUUGUGUUCGCUCACCCUCAUCCUGCAUUUGGUUUCUAACUUGUCCUCUGGACUCUGUUUUAUGAGUUGUUGGCAUCUCGUUUUAAUUUCGAUCUCUUUGCAAACCAUUUGAAACCCAAUUUUUUUAUCCACCUCUGCGUCAUAAGCUCGUUAAUUGAAAUAUGAAACGCAGCUUUCAUGAGUCCUUUUUGUUCCUGCUCUGUGCUCUUUUUUGCAACCCUCCUCUGUUCCUAGUAUUUGAUCAUGAGGAGAUUGCUCCUUAUGUGUGAAGAAGAGGGUAUUGGCUUAAUAUGUCUGGAUUCUCAAGCUGUCCAUGGUGGUAGAGGACGUAUUCUGGGGAUCAGAUCCAUGAUUUUGUUACGUUUGUGUUGUUGGAGGAGUGACAAUUUCCCAAGGGCCAGGAUAUCGUUUUUUUUUACCCUAAGGCUUCGAUUUCACCACUCCUCAAUCAAUGCACAGAAGAAGGGCAAAUAGUUAGCAAACCCCAACUCCAAUCACUUGUUCGGAUCAUGAAAGAGUUCAGACGCUUCCAUCAUGCCCAAGAGAUAUCUCCAUGUAUGACUGACUUCCGGUAUUACACAUUAACUCCGAGUGAGGCAGCAAUCAGAUUGGACUUGAUCCUCAUGGUUCAUGGACAAGGGUAGGCAGAGACUUCCAGUGCGUAUGGUGCUCUUCUCAGUGGCUGUGUGCAAGAGAAAUCUGUGUAGAAAGCAGAAGCCACUAUGCAGAAAAUGAGAAAGAUGAAUUUUGCAACAUCAUCUUUUCCUUACAAUAUGUUGAUCCACGUUUACUCUCAAACUGGAAAUCAUGGCAAGACUGAGGCAUUGAUUCAAGAAAUACAAAGGAAAGCAAUUCCAUGUGAUGCAUUCACAGUAAGGAAUCAUGUGUUUGCUUAUGUUGUGGCAUCUGAUAUUUCUGCAAUGGAAGGGUUCUUGAAUCGGAUGGGGGAGAAUCCCCAUAUUUCUGUUGAUUAGAAUAUAUAUUCAGCUACAGCAAGUGGGUAUCUGAAAGUUGGGUUGACUGACAAGGCCUUAGAAAUGUUAAAGAAUAUAAAGAGCAACACGUCGCCCUAAGUUCCCUCAAAAGUCUCCAUUGAAAUCCAAAAUUCUUACCUGCUCAUGGGUCCCGUGUGUACGUGAUUAUCAUGCAUGCAUCCAAGGCUAUCCUUCACACUCCCAUUACCAUAUCAUGCCUACAGUUCAUCAUCACGUUCCCACCCGUGUUAUCCUUACCCGCGCAUAUACCCAUUUCUCAUACCCACUGCCAUGCUAUCCCAUCCUCCAUACCACCCUCCUCAUGCAUUCCCAUUAUUCCUAUUACUCUUCACACCCAUCCCCAUUACCCAUUCCAUUAACUCCAUGCACAUACCCAUAAUCCUGCACAUAGCCUAUACCCAUUUCUCAUACCCAUAACUUCUCCUUCAUUAUCUUUCCGUUCACCUCACCAAAGGAAUAUUGCUUCUUUAUCUCUCAUGUCUUUCUCUCUCUCUUUCUCAUGCGCCUUCAUCCCUCAAGUGGCUCAUCCAAAAUUCAACGUUUUAGAAGAAUUCGAUUUGGAUACCAUUCCCCUUGUCCUUGGGUCUCUUCCGAAGCUUGAUGCGUGCCAAUCCAGUUUUGAUGAAACUGAAUGUUGAUUCAGUAUUCACUCAGUAAUAGGAGUGGCCACCGCGACCUGGAAUCUGAUAGCGUCAUACUCCCAUACGCACUCCGCGGCUCAAUAUAUGCAGUCCUAGGAAAACUGAUUUUGGAGCAGUGGACCAUCCAAGAGUGAAGAUCUUAUCAUAGGUCCAUCCCAGAAUCUCCGUGUGUGGGUCAAAUCUGAAGAUUGCUCUUCUCUGUGCUCUAUAUGGUGAGAAGUGCCAAGCUUCCUUUGAUCCUAUCAGCAACAGAAUUCAGAUCUUCAGGGGUUUCCUCAGGUUUGAAUGGACCAUGUGCACCAGAAAUGCUUGGGAUACAGAUGAAUUCUCUUCAUGUGAAAGUCUCUAUGUUGUUGCUGAUCGUGGCCAGCAUGUCCCUCGAGAGUUACGAACAUCACUUGUGCUUGCGUCUGAAUGCUGAAUCCUGUUAAAACGUAUUGAAUCCAGUAUGGAGUGGGUAAACCGUGGUAUUGCAUAAAUCAGACAACGGGUCAGGUUUAUUCCUUUAUGUCAGUAUUCAUAGUCACUCCCAAUGACUACUCAGUAGCUACAAGCGGAGGAGUGAGUAGGGUCCCACAAUGCUAUUUGCCAGACCAAAUGACUAUUCUAACACCUCAUCCCAUCACAUGGCCUGCUUUGACCUUAGAAUUUUUGUGGAAAUGAACCAACGUUCUAGGAAGUGUCUUGCGGAGAAGAUGUAACUGAGAUACCAGUGAAGACUGAUGGUUGUUGGCGUGUAAAACCUGAGAAUGAAUAUGGGAUUCUAGCAUAGUGAUGCCAGGCUGAUGACUGCAAGAAAGAGGUUUGGGAUACCAAGUGAGUUGAGGAUCAAGUCUACAUGGCCGAGAUGUUGAUGCAAGGGAAGGUUCCAGCAAUGUUAGCAGCAGAUCGAGUAAUUCAUGUGUUCAUGCUUGGGGAAGGGUAUUAGAGACAUAUAGGAAAUUACAAGGGAACAUCUUCAGAGGCAGAGGUAGAAUAAUGUGCAGUCAGUGUUCAAGGUGCCCCAAGUUUGCAUUUCUAGUCUGCAUGGCUUGCUUAGUCAUCCCUAUGCCACGUAUCACCUCCCAUUCCAUCAAUCUUUUGGCUUAAAAAAUAGGGAGAAUUGUGUUUUGGGCCCGACUGGGCCCAAAAAUGAACAAAUGGUCCAUCUAUGUAACAAAAUUAAGCCCAACACCCAGUCAAAGUCUCAAAAUUGAUAAGAAGGCUAUACAAUUUAUAAUAUGCCGAAAAUGCCCUUUGGCUGGCUAAUGGAAAAAAAAAAAACAAAAUCCACGUUGGAUAGGCGUUUUCACAUUCCCGAGUGUUUGCCUCGUUCCCGCCCAAAGAAUGCCCUAAUCCUCUCUUCAUCUGGAGUUUGCCGACCAUCCGAUUAAAAACAAAAUCGACGUUGGAUUUCCAUUUCGUUUUCCCCAAAAUUGAGAGGCGUUUUCACAUUCCUGAGUGUUCCCUCGUUUCCGCCCAAAGAAUGCCCUAAUCCUAUCUUCAUCUGGAGUUCCCCGGCCAUCCGAUUUUAGGUGUAGACGGUGGAGUUUUUCAUCUCUGUCAAUCCAUUGGUGUCGACGAUCACCACUGGAUUUGGGUUCCGUGGCGAAGUAGUUGAGAGUUGAGGUUAGUUGGUUCAACAAUUUCAGUUUAUGCUUCAUUUCGGCUAUCCCGACCAUUUCAUUUCAGCCCAAAUACAUUGCCCAAAUUUAUCUGGUGAUUUCAGUGUGCCAUUAAUCCUCACCGUGGGUGUCGUCCCGUGCUGAGCAUUGAGGAGGGAGCUUCUCUGACCAUCAGGUGCCCGUUCUUCCAAGGUUGAAUCUUACAACAAUCAUUUCAUUCUUCUAUGGCCACUACGGAGUCCACCAGAUUAUACACACGUUGUUCAUCUUCAAGGUUUCUAAAACUAUGCAACAGGCUCCCACAUGAGAAAUUGGACGUGGUUCGAGACUUUCAAUUUGGAGGUCUUCUUCACUUAAAUUGCAAGGAGAUCCGGCAUAAUAUCUGUACAUGGCUGAUUGCCCAUUUUAAUGUUGGCUACAAACGCAUUGAGAUUACAUCCCACAGAAGGUAUGAUCUGACAGCUGCUGAUGUCGGCCUUGUCUUUGGCCUCCCGACGACUGGCCGGAUUCUACAUAUUGCUACUACCCCGUCUAAUCAUCCAUUCGGUACCCUCAACACAUGUGAGGAGAGACUCCUCAACUUACCUAUUGGGGAGGAGUUCCGUAGAUGCUUCAUUUACUACGCUUGUGCGACGCUAUUAGCCCCCACCUCAAGGAUUGAUGGAUGCCGAAACUUGUGGCAUACCAUCCAUGAAGAUGGUUUCAGAAAUGAUGUUAAUUGGGGCCAAUUUGUUGUUGACCAGCUUGUGGAGGGUAUAAGACGAUUUAAGCAAGGGAACAGCGUCUGGGUUCAUGGUUGCAUUAUUUUCCUCCAGCUCCAUUACGUAAUGAAAUUCAAAAUUCCUUCCGUUCAUGUUCCGAUGACAGCGCCCCUACUCUCAACAUGGUCAGAUGAGUUGAUAAAGGAGCGCUUAUCUGCUGAGAUAAGUGAGUUUGGGAGUUUUGGACAUGGCGAGGCGUUUGAUGAAUCGUCACCGCCCCGUACACAUGUCGAGGAUGACAGUGGACCGACAAGUAGUAAUGAAAUCUUGGAUAAGUACUACGCAGCUAAACGCCAAAUAAAUUCUUAUCAAAAGGGCAUUCAGCACCAGCUUGGCAUCAUGCGUGGUCUGAUCCAAAGAUUGGAUGCUCGAAGAAAAAGAAGUGUACAUUCACCUACUGCUGGUCACUCGGGCUAUGCAGCGGAUGAGUUUCCCGAUGCCGAGCAUGAUUCACCCGCUGCCCGAUAUGACAUGCCAACCCCAUUGCACCGAACAAGUACCGGACACUCCUAUUCGCCAUCCACCUAUUAUUGCUGAUGACGAAGUAGUCGUCCUUGACCCCUUACCUUUGCGUUCUAUGACUGUGGCCCGAUCCCAUAGCAUUGGGAGGCAACGGAGAGUGCAUCGGAUGGCUCCCA